UCUGCUUUCUCCACUUGUCCCACCCACCAGACAGGCAAGUCUUUUGAUUCUUGCCUGUUGCGGUGUUCCGUCUCGCAGAGUCACAGUCGUCGUCGUCGUCGUCGUCGUCGUCGUCGCCGUCGCCGUCGCCGUCACAGGCCAGCCCAACGAAAGAUCAAAUCCAAACUCCAAAGCCCUAAAUAUACUGUAGUACUCUCCUACUAUACCAGCUUACUCGUCCCGCAAUGGCAACGGUAUUCGCUUGCACGACUUCUCAAGCAAAUCUGCAUUCCUCCUCUUACUCCUUGCUAUCUCUGCAGCAAUCUCCGGCCGCAGCCAUUUUUGUAAUGGCCGCCUCUACCUCGAGCUCCACAAUGCAUCAUCCAUACGCUGGAUUGUCGUCCCGUAAUUCCUUCCUCUUCAACCACUAUUCUGCUCUCUCCCUCUCUCCCCUAAUCAAAUCUAAUCAGGCUUACCUCUUGAAGAAGAUGAACACGAAUAAGAAGAUGCUCCCUGUCGUUCGGAUGUCGUGGGACGGCCCGCUUUCCUCCGUCAAAUUUAUCUUCCAAGGCAAAAAUCUAGAGUUGACAGAUACAGUUAAGCGUUAUGUAGAGGAGAAAGUCGGUAAGGCCGUUCAGAAGCAUAGUCACCUCGUGAGAGAAGUCGAUGUCCGGUUAUCCGUUCGGGGUGGAGAGUUUGGAAAGGGCCCCAGGCUGCAUAGAUGCGAGGUAACAUUGUUCACGAAGAAACAUGGUGUGGUUCGAGCAGAGGAGGAUGCUGAGACGCUCUAUAGCAGUAUAGACUUGGUUUCCUCAAUCAUCCAGAGGAAACUAAGAAAAAUUAAGGAGAAAGAUUCCGAUCACGGUCGGCAUAUGAAGGGUUUCAACAGACUAAAAGUUCGAGACCCGGACGUCCAAGUCUUGGAGGACAAUCUGGAACCAGUUUCUCAAAAGGAGGAAGGAGACCAAAUCGAUGAGGUUGUUCGCACAAAAUACUUUGAGAUGCCACCGCUGACUGUCACUGAAGCCCUGGAGCAGUUGGAGAAUAUUGAUCAUGACUUCUAUGCCUUCAGAAAUGAAGAAACCGGUGAGAUUAAUAUUCUGUACAAAAGAAAAGCUGGAGGAUAUGGGUUGAUUAUUCCUAAAGGCAAUGGCGAAACUGAGAAGAUAAAACCAGUGGUUGGAGAACCAAUAAAGGAGCCCUCUAUGGUAGAGAAGACGGGCUGAUGUUACUGGAAGCUAUUAAAGUUCAAAUUGACAGGAGAAUUUCUGAAGGGAGACUACUUACAUGUAAGAGAUGCAGAGUUUAUCCAACUUGAUAUGGAUCUGAUCCUGGAGAUAUUGAAUCAUGGAUUCAUGGGCGAGAGAUUUGUAGGACAUGUACCAUGUCAGUCCAAAACUGAGGGGUUGGGGGAUGAAACACCCCCGUCAUCAACCUUUUUAAUUGACCUGUC